AGAUUAAGGAAAAAACAAUGAUUGAGCUUACAAGACUUGGUCAAUAAUACAUUUAGUUCAUCUGAGUUGUUCUGUUUGUUUUCAUUAGCUGAUUACUGAACUGUUUGGCCUGCUGAAAAAAAAAAAUCUCUUCUUUCUUUAUGGUGUCUUCACCUGAGUACUGUAGGUUUAUUCUUCGCUCUUUAAGAUUGAGUGUAGAGAAAAUUACAUUAGCAAUUUUGGCAUGAUACUGUAUUAUGGGGUGCAAACUCUAUAUUAGAUCUUAAGUGAAGCUGAUCACAGGAAAUGUGGUGAGAAAUUUUACUUUUUCAGCAAGUGUUGCUUAUCUGAUCUUGAACUAGGAUGGCUACUUAACCAACAAGAACUUCCUGGUUCAGGGUCAUAUAGUGCUAUUCGCACGAGAUUCUUAGGAUUUUAGUUAACAUAAUGGAGGAACUAACGGACGAUUAUUAGAAUUUUGUAUUGUAAUGGACUGGGAGAUAUGAUAUUAUGUUGAAUGUGAAAAUCUUGAAAAUUUGGUGUUGUACAACAGAAAAGUAUGUUCCUUGUCAUUUCAUAGUGUGAUCAUUCUUUGUAAGAUUUGUAGAUGAGAAUCUGUCUCAUCACUGAUUAUUUCUUCUGCUUUAUCUUCUACCUUUUGUGUUCUUUUAAGUGGUGAAAGCAUGAAACCACAGGAUUGGAGUAGCAAUGUGGAAGGUCCUUGCAACAGUUGACAAUCCAUAAACUUGCGAAACUCAAUUGAACUGCUGAUUAAGACUUCAUUUCUUGAGAGGCCAUAAUGUUGUUUAGUAACGAUUAUGAUCUGAGUUUAUCAUUGAAGUAUAAGGAACCUGUGAAGGAUGCUUUCAAGGAGACAUUACUCAGGCAGGAUCAUACAUUCAAGAAGCAGGUUUAUGAACUUCAUCACCUGUACUACACACAAAAGGACACGAUGAAGGAUUUGAGCUGGAAAGAGUUGGAUGGAGCUUAUAUUAGCAGAGGAGGACAACAAGGAAAUCCAGUUGCAUUUGGAAAUUUUAGCAGACCAUCUAUGUCUGUUGAUCCGAAGAGACUUUGCAGCAUCCCUAAGGUGUUCAGCUUGUUGCAAGAGCAGCAAGGCACCUUUCCAGGGUUCCAGCAACGGCUUUCAAAUCCUCAAAUUUGUCCCACUCAUUAUCUUGAACAUAUUGAUAGGGGGAACUUGAAUAAGAGACUUGGUUUCUGCAAUAGUUUAGAGAAUUCAAUCGAGAAAAACCAUUAUUACCAUGGUGGUGUAGCACAUCAUUUUGAGGAGGUUAAUCUGUCAUUGAGCAUUGGUAGGAACAAUUUGAAAACAAGUGUCAGUACAAAGACCUUUAAUCAUAUAAUAGAUUUAGAGAAAUCAGAUGCUACUCUGCGUGAUACCAAAACAGGUGGCAGAAUAAAGACUUGGAAUAAUUUUAUUGAUUUAGAGGAAUCAGACCAAACAGUGUCCAAUGCAGAACUAAAGCCACGGUCUCCUCUGGGUUCUGCUCUUGUUUCUUAUUCUGGAUAUAAGCGUGAUUACCAAUGCAUCCACAGCUUCACAAACAACAUUACAGAUAAUUGGUUUGAUGGGACUACAAGAAAUUAUUUUGUUCCAGAUGGAAGCACAAGUUGUCUUGACAAGAACCCUUUAGCUGAAGGAGUUGAACAAUGUGAGCAGCCUCUCAUUUCUGGAGAUAUAUCAGGAAAAGGCAAAGUUCUUUUUUCUGAUGAACGAGCUUUUCUAGACCUUAACAAAUCCAUAUUUGAUGAUUCUUUUCAAUCAGAUGAUCCUAGCUUGGCAUGUUCUUCAAGUAGUGCUUCCUCAAGGGAGUCGCACGGACUGACUGGCGAACCUCGUGGGAGCACCUUUCCCACUGCUUCUUGGAGAGAGCAAGAUGAUGGCUGUCCGAAUGAGACCUCUGCUUUUGUUCCCCAAAAAAUCCUUAAUUCUGUGACUAGUAGCAGCCAUGGUUAUACAAGAAUGGAAAAUAUUGGAGUUGAACAGUUCUUGAUAAACCUCAAUCAGCCACUUUCAAACAGUAGUGGAAAUCCUUGCAGACUCAUUAUUGAAUACGAAAAAGAUGACUUGACUGUCAAAUUUCCGGACAGUGAUGAUCAAGUUCCUAGUACACCAGAAAACAAAAGCAAGAAAGCCAAGCAUGAUCCAAUGUCUUCUCCUGAAUAUAAGACACAAGAUUUUGUCAAGGAUAGUGGUCCUGAUAGAUCUCUUUCGUCAUGCAAAUCUUCUUGUUUUGAGGAUAUCUCAAGUGGCAUAGAGACCAUGCAAUCCAGAGCUCAGUUGAAAAAAUCAAGUACCAAAAAAUCUGAAACACUUAAAGCAAAUGUAUCUCCACGCCAGGAGGAUGUCGACUCUCCCAGUAACAGUGAUAACCAAAUGGGAGAAACAUCAGAAGUCGAUGGUCAGAUCAUAAGAGGAGCAGUGUCCCUCAUUUAUCUUGCACUGGAAUGUUCUGAACCAAGCGCUUCUAUUAGCAUGAACAAGAUUGAAGGUGAUCAAAAUACGGAACAACAACAGUGCUCGUCAGACACUUUUGAAGAAAUGGUGCUCAAACAACGUGAAAGCUCCAUUGACGACUGUUGUGUGACCUCAAAUGCAUUUGAAUUCAAUGCCAUGGAGAGAAAAGACUACGGAAUAGCAUUGAAGAGAGGAAGGAGAAUGAAAGAUUUUCGGAGGGAUAUUAUGCCAACCUUGGCAACACUUUCUAGGCAUGAGAUUUGUGAGGAUAUAAAGAUUAUGGAGACAGCACUUAGAUCAAGAAAAUACAAGAAACUGAGGUCCAAAAUGACUGAUGGAAACAAGUGGUUCAAUCCUGUGAGAAAUAGGAGAUCCAGACUCAACUAUGUAGGCCGUAAGUAUUAUUCAUGAAUUAUUGAUUUCAUGAUCAUUGAUAGGAGGAAACAGUGACAAAUUUAGCAAAGAAAAUUGGAUCAAGGAGUUGUUAUGGAACUUGUGACUCUUGACCAUGAUACUAUGUUUUGACAUCUAUGUUAAGAGUUCAAUUUUGGGUCAUAA